AUGUCAUUGCCAAAGUUUAAGCCUGAUCCCCGGAGGGUAGUCUGCCGCUGCCAAACGUCGGGCUGCUACAAGGGUAUUUAUAUUGAUGCAAUGGGUAUUUCACACCAAGGCAUAGAAGUGGUUCCAGCCACAAGGGAAGCACACGAGCGUGCUGACAAACACAGUCGGAUUCAAUCAGUGUCUGCGUUGGGGGGUGAUCAAGAUCCAACAAGGCCAAAGGAUAACAUCAUAUCUGAUUUUGAUCAACUGACCUUGACCUCCCACUUGGUAACCCAGCAUUCGUCUCAAAACAACACAUCAUCCAGCAAUAUAGUUGAAUGCACUGAUAGUCAUGGCGGCUUGAACCCUAUGACCGAUUCAAGAACCGAGACUUUGAUGAACAACAAUCAACAGCAGUCUGUUGAUUCUCAAGUACUGGCAGCUGCUCAGAAAGCAAGAGAGAGAAGCGUGAAUGAGUAUGAUUGCAAAAACACUUUUGAUACAGUACAGAUUCACAGAGCCAACAAGACCAAAGAGUAUAAAAAGCUUGAAUUACAGAUCAGAUUUAGUAAACAUGCCGAAUAA